AUGACAUACUCUAUGCGUCUCGUUCAGCGGGAAGGGCGCAGGAUCGCCCGUUUUCUGCAACGGCGCGAUUCUAGCGCUAGCGCUGUCUCUACAUCUUCCGCACCUUCACCUACUACUAUCCCUGAAGGACCUGAAUGGGCACUUCCACCGACAACAACGCCUGUAGCCACUUCAAAGAGUUUCCCUGUUUCAAGUCAAACCCUUAUCGCACUUUCAAUCCUUGUGUUUAUCGCCCUUGGAAUCGCGUUCUGGCGCAUACGAGUGCUGAGAAGGAAAUCCAUCAAGGGCGACGCUGACGUUGCGGAUAGGGGAGAUGUAGAACGACAGAAAGACAAAUGGCUUGCACCGUCUACAACUACUCCCCUAGCUCUUGACACUGUCGCGGCACCUGCUGGUGUUGGCUGGGCACCACAGUUUCGCUCGAUUAGCGGUCCUGAGUAUGUAAGAGAAGCUGCCAAAGAAUCCAAGCCACUUCCUCCCAAACGAUCACGUUCUCCACCGCCGUCUCUCGUUUCUAUACCAUCUCAAGAUCCCUUUGCUGACCCCAGACCUAAGUCUGCUCCUCCAAGGUCACCCGGGACUCGUGAGGUGGAUCGCGCCAUUAACAUUUCCUCCCCGUCGACUCCUCAGCCCUAUGCUCUCUCUGUAAGUGGAUAUCAGGUUAGAGGUCUCUGGACGAAGGAAAAGGGAACACGGGAUUGGGAUGUUUGA